CUCUCAACAAAUACAAACCACCCCCGACAGGCUGUGUGUUGUGUCUCAUUCAAUCGUCUUUUUAUAUCCUCCGCUCAGACCAAAACCAAACAAAGCGAUGGAUCUCCCUCCGCCGCAGGUCGACCUCGAAGCGGACUCGCUUUCCCAGUUAAACACAUCGGACGCAAGGUCUCUCCUCGACACCAUCGACGGACUGCGCGCACUCGGCGUUGGCGACUUCGUCCAUCUCCCGCAAAUUAUCGUGGUCGGCGACCAGUCGUCAGGUAAGAGUUCGGUCCUCGAGGCCAUCUCGCGCGUCCGAUUCCCCGUCGACGGCGACCUGUGCACUCGCUUCGCGACCGAGCUCGUUCUCCGCCGAGCGCCCCAGACGGCCAUCAAUGUGAGCAUCCAGUUCGCCGACUCCGCCGUGUCCACGCACGCGGAGGAUGCCACUCGCAGUCGCACUCCCGGGGCUUCCCGCCCGCCGCCUGCGCCGUUCCAGAGGACCAGCUUCGACAAAGAUGCCCUUCCCGACAUCAUUCGGGAGGCCAAGGAGCGUAUGGGCAUCAGCAACAACGGCGCCAAGAGGUUUUCCAAGGAUGUCUUGCGCGUCGAGGUGGCCAGUCCCGACGUGUAUCCCCUAACUCUCGUCGACCUUCCGGGUAUUUUCCACAGCUCAACUGCGGAGCAAAACGAGGACGACAGGAGGGUCGUUGACGGGCUUAUCGAGAGUUACAUGGAGCAGGACAAGAGCAUCAUCCUGCUCGUCGUCGCCGCGAACCACCCGCUGGCAAACCAGGCGGUGCUCUCCAGCGCCGCAAGGCACGACCCAGACCGGGAACGCACCAUCGGCGUCAUAACCAAGCCCGACAUGGCCGGGCGCGGGUCCGCCAACGAGAAGAAAUAUCUAGACCUCGCCAAGGGCCGCGAGAGCAUGCACCGCCUCGCCCUCGGCUGGUAUGUGCUGCGCAACCGGUCCGAGGAGGAACGGUCUUCUGAAUCUGAGGUGCGCGAUACCGUCGAGGAGCGCUUCUUUCGGGCCGGCGAGUGGAAUUCCAUCAGCGCCGCGAACAGGGGCGUCGAGAGCUUGCGCAGAAGGCUCAGCAAAGUGCUGCUCGACCAUAUCAAGAAGAACCUACCCAGUCUCAUCGAUGACAUCGAGACCAGGCUCAGGGCGUGCCAACAGGACCUCACCCGUGCUGGGAAACCAAGAUCUACACCCGAGGAGCUGCGAAGCUACCUUCUGGGUAUCGCCGAAGACUUCCAACGCCUGGCGCGUGAUGCGGUUGAGGGGAGGUAUAACGACCCUUUCUUUGGGGGGUUCGACCAGGACGACACCCGGCUACUAAAGCUACGAGCGCUAUUAAGAAAUAUGAACAGCGCCUUUGUCUCUGUUAUGGAGAGAAAGGGUGCGUGUUACAAGAUCGAGUGGGAGGAUGCCGACGCCAACGAGAGUGCAGAGCGAGAGAUUAACCGCGAGGUUCCUGCGUAUCUGCAGCCGCUGUGUGACCUCUACAAUGCCCCUGACCCGGAACCAAAGCCUGAGUCGGAGCUCAACGAGCUGUUGCAGUCGCUGGCAUUCUCCAACCGCGGCAGAGAGUUCCCUGGCGACACCAACCCGGAGCUCGUCUUUUUGCUCUUCAAGAAGCAGUCAGCGGCAUGGGAGGGAAUCGCGCAGGAACACCUAGACUACGUCCUCUCAGCGACCAAGGCGUUUGUGCACCGCGUGUUCCGCCAUGUUAUCGGAGCGGACGACGCCACCCUCAACUCCAUCCUCCAUGACUGUGUGGACCCGUUCUUUGCGAGCAAGGAGGAUAUCCUCCAGGUCAAGUUGCGCGAGGUCAUCAGGCCUUAUAAAGAUGGCCAUGGGCCGCCCCUCGACUCGGCCUUCCGUGCGAGAAUGCAGGAAAGAUCGUCUCGCAGGUUCGCCAACCAGUUUGCCUCUCGCUUGGAGAGACAGCACCCCGAGUUGUUUCGGUUCGACCCCGUUUUGGGCGCCGGCCUGACCCGCCAUAUGAUUCUGAACGCUGUCGACGGUCCGACCAGGGACAACAGUAGCAUGUUCGACACGGGGAAGGUGAUUAACAUGAUGGUGGUGUAUUAUGAGAUGUCACUCAAAACAUAUGUGGACAAUAUCAUCAACCUGGCUAUUGAGAGCUGCCUCGUCCACGACUUAACGACCAUCCUGACCCCGACGAAGGUCGACGGAAUGGAUUCCGAGAGACUGCAAUAUCUGGUUUCGGAGACUGAGGAUCUCCAGAAGCAGCGGCAAGACCUCCAACAAGAGGUCACCAUACUGCGGGAGGGGCUGCGCAAGUGCCAGAGACACAGGCCACGGCAGGAGCACGUACUUCCUUCCGCCUUGUUGCGUCUUUCUCCCGGUGUGCCAGGGGAGGCCUCGUCAAGGUCUGUCGCUGUAGAAACAUCAGUCACACCGACCGGAAGCCCGAGACCGCCGCCAGCAAUCGAGCCAUCGGUUACCCCAGCUGCAGACCCGACACCAUCACCCGCGGCAGGAGCGGCAGCAGUCCCGCCCAACACAAAACCUACUAGCGUACAACCUCCACCCCGUCCCAUCGCUUUCGGCCAACCCGCUUCAAACACCGCCCCUUUCGGUGCGUCGGGGGUAGCAGUUGGAGCCUCGUCGCCCAGCAACGGUUUUGGCGGCCCUUCUAAUACUAAUACCCUCUUCGGGACAAAGCCUCCCCCGAGCACUGGCUUCGGUUCUCCCAGCACUUCGAGCGCUAGCAAUCCCGUCGGGGCAGCUCCUCCUCCGAGUACCGGCUUCGGUUCCAGCCCCACGUCCAGCACUAAUCGGUCCUUCGGCGCAGCCCCUUUCGCCACUGGCUUCGGUUCCAGCACCACGUCCAGCACCAACAAACCCUUCGGCACAGCCCCUGCCGGGGCCACUGGCUUCGGUUCCACCGGCGGGUUUGGCACACCUAACAGGCCCUUGGGAGCAGCUCCUGCCGGGGGCACUGGCUUCGCUUCCAGCGGCGGGUUUGGCACACCUAACAAGCCCUUGGGAGCAGCUCCUCUCCCGGGCACCGGCUUUGGUGGUUUUGGCAGUAGUGGUAGCACCACCGCCGUCAACAGUCCCAGCACCGGGACUGGCACUGCCAACAGCACCAACACCAACAGCACCAGCCAAACAACAGCAGAAAACUCGAGUACGUAACCCCCCCUCCCCCAAUCCCCAAAACAACUUUAAGCACCCGCGGCGCUCAAUACCAACCGCCCUCUAACACGACAGUGAAACGCCCCCCGCACCAGACCCAACCUCCACACUAACCUGGAGGCCGCGGCAACGCAACGACCUGACAUAUCCCGGCAUGGAGCUUGUCCCGCAGCCCGACCCGGCUAGGGUGUUUUCCGGUGUGCCGUAUAAGGAUACGGGCUUGGGGUACUACCCUGCGGAGAGUGCGUCAGUGUUUCAGCACAUUUGUAUGGAGGAGGGGUUGAAAGGGUUUUCGGGGG